AUGAAAGAAGAAAUAAAUAGUCUUUUACAUCAAAUAAACGUGCUUGAUAACAUAGAUUUAAACAGUAAUAAUAUUGCUGCAAGUGCAAGUGCAAGUACAAGUACAAGUACAACCACCAAUGAAAGUCACAAAGAAGAAGAAUGGAUUGAUAUCUUACCUGUUUUAUCUCAAGCCUCAGAGUCAAUGAGCUUAGGUCAAUUAAUUCAUGCAAAAGAUUUUCAGUUGGAAUUGGUAACUCAUGCAUUAGAGAUUAUGAACCCAAAAUUAGAUUCUAGAGCAUCAGGAAACCAUAUUUAUACACCAGAACAACUAUUCCAAAAAGGUGAAAUACCAGAAGAUUCAACUUUAUCAAAUUUACAAAUUUUAAAGAUUAUCGAUAAAUUACUUUGUUAUGAAAUCAGUUGGGUAGAAGGUGAUCCAUUGCCAUUAACAUUAUUCUCAUGUAUGUAUUUACAUAUUGCAGAACAAUUAAAGAAUGAAAUUUUUUCAUUAUAUGUAAAUACACUAUUAAUUUCAUGUGAAUCGAUUAAUCUUAUUGUUCAACGUGGAGAUAUAUGUUUCGAAGAAGAUUUCAACCAUUCAACAAAUAAUUUACAUUUAAUUACCUCAAAAAAUGACUGUGCAAGUAAAAUAUUACCAAUGUUAGAUAGAUUAGAAAAACAAUUUGAAAAAUCAAUUAAAGAAGAACAAGAUAGCGAAAAAGUUAAAAUUAUGAAAUCAUUAUUAAAUAGAAUAACUUUUAGAAGAUUAUUUUAUUCGAUUGUAUUUAAUUUAUCCCAAAAUUAUUGUCAAACUGCAAUUAGAUAUAUUCAAGAUAUUCAACCAGUUUUAGAGUUUUUAAAGAAUGAUUGUUAUAUUAAAGAUGAAAUCGAAUUACCAAAAAGUAUUUUUAAUAAUGACUUGGUAUUGAAAUUAUUCUCAAGUGUUGGUGGAACAUCUCAAGAAAAACCAUUUGCCGAAACUGUCAAAUCAUUUGCAAAACUCUUCACUGAUUUAUCAACAUUAUUCAAGAUGCCAUAUAUUUCAGAGUCUAGUUUAGAAUUUCAAAGACUAAGACAAUUAGAAAAACAACUUGAGUCAACAAAGAAAGGUUCUAAACAAACAAUUCAAAAACCACAAACAUUCAAUGUUGUUUCAAUUUUAGAUUAUCUUUUUUAUUUUAGUAAAUUUUCACCAAAUAUAAUAACAAGAUCACUUUUAAGAAGAUUAUUAUUCCCAUAUACAGCAAAUAGUAACGAAUUCUUUAAGGUCAGUUCAUUAAGAGAAUCUCUUUUUGAAUGGAUGAAUGAUUUUGGUAUUCCAUUUCAAAUUUUACAUUCACAAAAAGCCAAAGAAAGAAUCUCAUUAUUUAUGGAUAGUUUAGCACAGGUUUUAUUAAAACUUUUUACAUAUUUGUUAUUAAAUAGAGCAAGACAAAGAAGAAAGAUUCGUAUUUCAAUUUAUGAACUUUCACUUCUUCAAAAUGAAGGUGAUAUUAUAGAUUCUGUUUUAGCAGCCGACCCAUUAAACACAAAACUUUAUUUCGGUAGUUUUGUAUUUAAUCUCAAAUUAAAAGUAAUGCAAUAUUUCCUCUUUUUAGGUUUCGAACUCGAGGUGUACGCUCCAAAUGAAUAUUAUCAAAUUUAUUUUUAUUUAGAUUACUUGUAUGGCAUCCACUCAAAUAUUUAUUCAUAUAUCUUUAGAAUCAACCAUCCAGAAAAACCUAAAACUGGUAAAAAAUCUCAUCAACAACAACUACAACAACAACAACCCACCCCAACAUGCGAAAGAAUCCUUUUAACCGCCACCCAUUUAGUCGUUCGUGCAAUAUUCCGUUUCAUGGUUAUUUUAAAGAGUUGUGGUAAAUUUAUAAUUUUACCAACCGAAUUUAGCAACGAUGAUCUUAGACAUAUGAAGAAGUUUGAGCCAUUCUUUAACCCACCAAAUCAACAACCAGAACCAUUACCAAUGGAAAGAGUUAGAGAUUCUGGUGAUACUGACGAACAUUGGUUAUCUCUUGCCGCCACCACUUUAGACUUUUUAAACCAAGCCAAAUUAGCUAUCGAAACUAUUAGAUCUUAUAAACAUAAAAUUGGUAAUGUUGCUCCAUACCAAGAAGAUGAAGCCUCCCAAUUAAGAUUAAUCAUUCUUAGAUUAAGUUUAACCAUUAAAAAAUUAAUACCAUCAAAUUUCGAAUCAUUGUCACACAGCGAAAUUUUAAAACAACCAAUUCCUAAAUUUUCUGUUCAAAUAGAACCAAAACAAUAUUUCCCAAAUUUCAUAAUUAAUUUAGAAAAAUAA